AUGGGAAAGGACUGGGAAAUAGUCAAGCAAUUAGGAAACCUGAUUGUGGAAGAGGGAACUACCAACUUAACAAGGUACAUCGUGCUAAAAUACGACAUGGGCUGUUUGGUGAAGAACCAUGACAAUCAGAGUUUUGCUGCCACAUUCAUCCUCUUGGGCUUCUCAGAUUACCCAGACCUCCAAGUGCCCCUCUUCAUUUUCUUCCUGAUCGUCUACACAGUCACUGUUCUGGGGAACCUGGGCAUGAUAAUGAUUAUCAGAGUCAACCCCAAACUCCACACCCCAAUGUAUUUCUUCCUCAGCCACUUGUCCUUUGUCGAUUUCUGUUACUCAACUGUAGUUACACCUAAGCUCUUAGAAAACUUGAUUGUGGAAGACAGAACUAUUUCCUUUACUGGAUGCAUCAUGCAGUUCUUUUUGGCUUGUGUAUUUGUAGUAACAGAAAUGUUCAUGUUGGCAGCAAUGGCCUAUGAUCGAUUUGUAGCAGUUUGUAACCCCUUGCUUUAUACAAUUGCGAUGUCUCCAAAGCUUUGUUGCUUGUUGGUGACUGCUUCUUACUCUUGGAGUAUAGUCUGCUCCUUGACAUUAACCUACUUUCUAUUGACUUUAUCUUAUUGUGGGACUAACUUCAUAAAUAACUUUGUCUGUGAGCAUGCUGCUAUUGUUGCUGUGUCCUGCUCUGACUCCUACAUGAAUCAGAAAAUGAUAUUGGUAUUUGCCUCAUUCAAUGAGAUAAGCAGUCUCUUAAUCAUCCUUACAUCCUAUGCUUUUAUAUUCAUUACUGUCAUGAAGAUGCCUUCCUCUGGGGGGCGCUACAAAACAUUCUCUACCUGUGCUUCCCACCUGACUGCCAUUACCAUCUUCCAUGGGACUAUUCUAUUUCUCUACUGCGUUCCUAACUCCAAAGGCUCAUGGCUCAUGGUCAAAGUGGCCUCUGUGUUUUACACAGUGAUCAUUCCCAUGCUUAAUCCCCUGAUUUACAGCCUCAGGAACAGAGAUGUGAAAGAGACAGUCAGGAGGUUAAUCAACGCAAAGUUAAUCUGUUUUAAAGUCUAA